CAUUGUUUCUACAUGGUAUCAAAUACCAUACGGGGAAUAUUCAACUUCCGCCAUUAAAAUUCUGUAACUUUCUUGAUCCUGUAUCUUCCUUACAACUUAUCUUGAUCUAUCAUGUCAAGAAUUACCAGAAAUUCUCUGAAUUCCGCUUGAAAUCCAAAUUACCAAAACCUACUUUCAAAACCAAAUGACAAUCUCAACAAAAAAAAUCACAAUUAUCCACCAUUAACAUCAUCACCACCACCAACACAACCACAUUCUUCAGAUCCACAACCAUAUACUCCAAACCAUUCUGAUCCACAACAAACAAAACCACUGCUAUAAUUUCAAUCUCAACAACAACAACCUCUUAAUCAAUCACAAUGUGCUCAAAAACAAGCUUCAACUUCUCAAUCUUUUGUUUUUCCACCAUCACAACCACAACUACAAACUUAUAACAACAAUCUUGUUUAUCGUAUUCCUCUUCUUCUGUUUCCAAACAUCUCUAAUUUUUUUUCAGCGAAACUGGAUGGAUCUAACUUUCUUAUGUGGAAGGAUCAAAUGCCUUCAAUACUGAUCAACACCAACUUGUAUGGUUUUGUUGAUGGUUCAAUUGAGCCUCAGCUUCAAUUUUUGCUUCACAACAAUGCACCUAUGGUAAAUCCAAUAUACCUUGAAUAGCGUGAUCAUUGUGUUGGAUCUUACAUCAAUGCCAAUGCGUUACCUUCCCUUGCCACAAGAUUGUUGGGGAAACCUGCUGCUAGGGAUAAAUGGAUUCAUCUAUCCAAAAUAUUCACUCAACAAUUCUUUGCUAGAAAGUAUCAAUUACGAGGACAACUUCACUCCAUUAGGAGAGGUAAUUCUUCUAUCUUUGAUUAUCUACAUCAGAUUAAAUCCAUUUCUGAUUCUUUGGCUGAAAUUGAAGAACCUGUUCAAGAUGAUGAUCUUGUUAUGUAUACAUUAUCUACAUCGGUAAGUGAAUACGCACAUUUUUUUUUAUUACGAUUAAGACUUAUUAAUCGUGAGCAAUGGCUCAAAGAACUGGAAUCUGAAGCUUACUCUCCUCUAGCUGUUGAUUCUUGCAAUUCUACUUUCUUUGUUCGUAAGUAUAAUUCUAGUUUCAAUAAAGCCCAAUCUUCAUCUCCUUCUUACACACCUAAACUUCCCUCUUAUCCAUCAAAACCUCCUCAUUCAGCUCUAUCAAAUAUCUCAUCUACUCAUCCUGGUUUUAUUUUCAAGAAAGAAGAGAUCAACCCUAAUAUAACUGUUAGCUAUGGUGAAAUUCCUUGUCAAAUCCGCAACAAGAAAGGUCAUUUUUCCAAUAGGUGUAAAUUCAAAUAUGCUCCUUCAAUAAAUAGAAAUCCUCCUAUGCAAAAAGCUUGUGAUGGCUUUGAGAUGGCUUCUCCUGCUUAUAAUCCUCGGUCUCAUGCUGAGACAAUGCUUUAUCAAUCUGGACUUGGUGAGUCUUCUACAAAUAAUUUUGGUCAUUGGAGCUGCAAUAAUCAAGUACCCAUAUGGAUACCUGAUUCUGGAGACACUAGUCACGUGACCAACAAUACUGCACUCAUGACUGAUACUGAAGAGUUUACCGGGGAUGAGCAGGUUAUGGUUGGUGAUGGUAAGCUUUUAUCAUUUGCUCUGACUGGUUUAGGUCUAAUGACAGAAAAUAAUCAGGAGUGACAGACACACGGAUUUAACGUGGAUCGGCAUGGUUUUCCUAUGUCCACUGAUGGAUCCCCUUGGGGAGUGAUAUUUUAUUGAUAUUUGAAUUACAGUUUAUCUUUUUCUCUAUUGCUAGCCUCCCCGCUAUUUUUUUUUUUAUUUCAGAAUUAUAUUCCCUCUAGUUAUAAAAACCUAAACAUAAAUGGUAUUUACUUCCCUUGCAUUAAUUCUGCAUGAAAUUGUUUGCAUGCUUCCUUGAAUAAUUUAUGCAUGAAACUGUUUGCUUGCCUCCUUGAAUAAAUUCUGCAUGAUGGACUGACUGGCUGACAUGCAUAAUGAUUGUCAGUAUGGAUGGAUGUUGGCUGGCAGCACAGCUGACAGCAUGGGUAGAGACUAGCUGGCAGCACAACUGGCAGUAUGGCUAGAAACUGGAUGGCAGUACGGGAGAGUACUUGGAUGGGAAUUGGUUAACAGCACUGCUGGAAACAAGACUGAAAAUUGGCUAGAGGUGCGACUUGCAAACUGUCUUCGACAGUUGACCGACGGUGGACUUUGACCAUUGACCUGGCAUUGACUUCAUUGAGCCCUGGACUUGCUGGUAGCUACUUUAGUGGGUAGGCUGGUGGCAGCUGAAUAGUGGCCCAAAAUAAUAUUCUGGCCCAAUAUGAGGUAUUUUUACUCAUGCUACAAACAUCGCCCUCUCUUAACCUCCAACUUUUAAGAACAUCUCAUUUCCCUUGACGAAAUUCACCCUUAAGUGUGGAUUGUUGCUACUAAAGUGAUUGGAAACCUUCUCUUGCUGUUUGCGGAAGCCAAGACACCCCCAAGAAUAAAUUAAUGUUACUGAAGCAUAAGGCAAGUUUCCUUCGUUGUUUGUGGAAAUCAUAACCAAGUCGCCCCCAGGUGAGGCUGCUGUGACUGGAAGAUCGGCGGGCAACAUUUGAGUAUGAACCAUCGUUGUAUGCAAAAACUAGACUGAAGGCUGAACUAGUCUGUAACGAAAGUGUGAUACUGGUCCGGAGUAGUGUUGAAAGUAAGCUGUAUUUUUUGAUGUAAAACUGGAUUGAGGCAGUCGCGUAGAACUAUACUAGAAAUAGUUGUUGGAAAAAAUGAGUUAUAUUUGAAGUCACUCGGCUGAAAUCUGUGUCAGCUAUUGUUGUAAGCGAAUCUUUUAUUUGUUGACUGAUAAUCAUUUAUGCUA